GCGACAUUCAUUAGCACAAUCUUGGAAGUGAAAUUAUAGGAUAUGGCCCCCCUCUUCCUAGAUUGUAAGUUUGUCGUCGUGGCCGCGCUGAUUGUGGGGCUUUAUGCCUCGCAGGCAUGGUCACGCGAGCUACACGAGCUGUCCAUGCAGGAGAGACAUGAACAGUGGAUGGCUCGUCACGGCCGUGUCUACGAAGAUGAUGCCGAGAAGGCGAGGCGCUUGACGGUAUUCAAGAACAAUGUCGAAUUCAUCGAGUCUUUCAAUGAAGACGGUGCUAAGCCAUACAAGCUAGGCGUCAAUGGGUUCACGGAUAUGACCAACGAGGAGUUCAUGGCCUCGCGAAAUGGAUACAGGAAGUCGUCCUCUGCGAGGUCAUCUGGUGCAAAGUCCUUUCUGUACGAAAAUGCAACCGCAGUUCCGUCUACCAUGGAUUGGAGACAGAAAGGAGCCGUCACACCCAUUAAGGACCAAGGACAAUGCGGUUGCUGUUGGGCAUUUUCUGCCGUGGCGGCUACAGAAGGGAUCAACCAGCUCACCACGGGAAAACUCGUCUCUCUAUCCGAGCAAGAACUAGUGGAUUGUGACACGAAAGGCGAAGAUCAGGGUUGCGAAGGUGGCCUCAUGGAUGAUGCUUUCGAGUUCAUCGUCAAUAGCCAUGGCCUCACGACCGAAGCAAAUUAUCCCUACGAAGGCGUCGAUGGUACUUGCAAUGCGAGAAAAGAGGCAUCCCCUGCUGCCAAGAUCAUCGGCCACGAAGAUGUGCCAGCUAAUAGCGAGUCGGCUCUUUUGAAGGCCGUCGCUAACCAACCGGUCUCCGUCGCCAUCGAUGCUGGAGGAUCUGCUUUUCAGUUCUACUCGGGGGGAGUCUUCGCUGGCGACUGCGGGACCGAUCUGGACCACGGUGUCACCGCAGUUGGGUACGGGACUAGUGAUGAUGGAACCAAAUACUGGUUGGUGAAAAAUUCGUGGGGCACGGGAUGGGGCGAGAAUGGAUAUAUAAGGAUGAAAAGAGAUAUCGAUGCCGAGGAAGGGCUAUGUGGCAUUGCUAUGCAAGCUUCUUAUCCAACUGCCCAAAUGGUUUGAAGAAGAAGA